UUAUUCAGGUGUUGAAAUUAGGUUAGGGUUAGGGUAGUUUAUUUUGAUAUCAAAAUUUUCAAAAUAAACGAAGGCCGCCGCCGGCUCAGGCCCAAAAAGAUGCCGAAUAAUGCUCCAGUUGUCUGUUUGAAAUGCGAAGCCACCGAAUCCUCAUUCUGGACAAAAGCGGAUGAAUUAGGCGUCAUUUGCCUAGACUGCGUUACUAAGGAUAAAAAGGACAAGGAAACAGAAGAAGCUGGAGGAUCCAAAGGAGGUAAAGACGGAAAAUCUACACAAAAACAGAAAGCCAGAGCAGGCAAGUCCUCUAACACCCAACACAAUCCCAUUGCAUCUUCUAAGCAGUCUAGUGUGUCUAAAGCUAGAGGACGAAGAAGUAUCUUUAAGAAUGUACCUAAGAGGGUUCCUACAGUUGAAAAAACCGAUAGAGUUUUAUAUAAGGGCAGUUACUUUCAAACUGGUGACAUAGUUUCUGUGACUGGUGAGGACAGUAACUAUUACUAUGCCCAAAUCAUUGGACUUAUGACUGAUGAGUAUUGCAACAAAAGCGCUGUGAUUCAGUGGCUCUUACCAACUACUGAAAGUCCUCCUCCAAAUGAAGAAUUUGACCCAGCGACUUAUAUCAUAGGUCCAGCAGAAGAUAUGGCAAGGGAUCUUGAAUAUUUUGAAUUUGUUAUGCACGCGCCCUCUGAUUAUUAUAAAUCAAAAGCACCACCACAUGCUCCUGCAGUGCUAUAGGAUGCUGCUGGGUAUAUUAUAUUCCUAGAUAAUAGAUAUUAUUAUCAUUGUAUUUUUUUUUAAGUUUUCCCAAAAUUCUAUUAUUUUUCUAUUUUGUUCAUUUCCCAAUUAAAAAUUGGUAGGUAUAAAAACUCUUUCGACUGAGAAGUUUGCCUCAAUUCACAAACUAUCGACAUGAAAAAAAUGCAUUUAUUUGAACUGAUUAUCAUUUAUUUGUCUUAAUUUAGAUUAGAUAUUAAUUUUUAUCAUUUCUGUUAUUUUAUAACUGAAAUUAA